AUGUUAUCUUCGCCAAUCAGGAAGAUAGAUUUCACUUCCCUCCCUGAAUUCUGCCUCGCACCGCAGCCCCAAGGAAGAAGACUACACCACGGUCCCAAUCGUGCCCUUUCCACACCUUACUUGACCGCGCCUCAACAAUCACUGGGUCUCGCCUCUAGGGCCGCCCCGGCGGCCCCUCUCAGCGUCGGUCUACUACCAGUGCGGGGUCUCACAAAACAACUAGAGAGUCUCCAGCUGACCAUCCAAAUCAACACAACUAGAACGGGAGCUCGGCUAGCUCCAAGAGGCCAGCUGAACCAAAUCUUCGACAACUUCAAAGAAACCCUUGACGCCUGUCGACAACUUCUCGAGAGCCGAGCACGCUAUGGUCUCCAGCAAGGGCCGUUAUUCAAUAUCCAGUGGUUUCUGUUGGUCAAGGAUGAGGUUGACAUGCUUCGAGACCGCAUUGCGGUGCUCCACUCGAAGUUAUCCCUGGCGCUGCAAUCACUUGAGAUUGAGUCAAGAGUUGGUCAGACCGAUCUGAUGGUGGGCUUGACCAGCCUGGUCCUCGGUAGACUCGACUUGAUGGAUUCUCGAAUCUCGAAAGUUCUCGGAGAGCCCCCGUCAACGGAACCCCCACCACGUCUCCAUGUCCCGCAACCGCUGCAGGAAUUUCUGGAAUUCAUCACGACGGCAAGGUAUGGUAAACUUACUAACAUUCCAAUGUGCCAGGGGGUGGACGAAGUCGUCUUCUACUUGGAUAGGGCAACUCAAUGGCAUGUACGGAGGCAGUCAGCACAACGGGGUCAGGCAUUCAAAUGGGCGAAUAUUUACAGAGCGUACUGGCUUCUUCAAGCUACGAAAGCGAGCGAUGAGUACCGGGAGGCUUCCAGCACGUUAUCGAUCUCCCAGCUCGAGCAAGACCUUCCUCGGUUAGGCAUGACAGCACGUCGGUUCUUCGACAAACUCGAGGAGGUAAAUCCCACAAUCCGAAAACCACGAUUAAAGUGCAGGUUUGACGAGAUGAAUCAGAAAAUUGUCCAAGUCCAUACUCAGUUGGCUCGAUCAGCCGACGGCGACACCCCCUCAUCGACGAGGCUGCUGGAAAUUAUCAAACAAGACAACAACGCUUGGCAAGAAUACGAGCAGUGGAAGCCUCUACAGGAAGAAGACGACGACCCGAGGCGUGGAGAGAGAGUAGCAACCUGUCGCCUGCGGAGUGCGAACGCGGCAACCGAGAGAUCAAUACAGAUAUACCGAGAAGAAGAGGAUCAAGAGCAUCUCACCAUCAUCACCUGCGGUCCUGGCCGUGCAGACCGGGUCCCCAACACAGUCGUGACACGGCAGCACGCGGGCCUAGUGCUUGGAGGCGAGCGAAAAAGUGACACUGGCCGAGUUCAGCUCUGGUCCUCGUCCCGGCCGUCGGCAGGAUCCCAGCUACCAGAGGAAUUCCGGGAAUUAGAGCGCCCCAAAAAAGCCCGCCGGACCGUUGAACCGCGUAUUGUUUCCCCUUAUGUACCGGUCUUGGGCCCACUCGGUUCCUUUUCGCGCCUCAGCCUCUCGCUCCAGCGGACGCGUAGCUCGUCAGACAGGAGCGCCCUCCCCGAACAGCAGCCGGUCCGAGGCCCGCUACCGCAAAGCACCCCUUCACUAACCCGCACCUCCACCAUCACCUCAUCCACAUCCCGCUCAUCUAAUUCGUCAAUGGGCGGAAUCACCAAGCGCCCAACAAAUUUGAUCCAGGUCGACAAGCGCGGAAACAUGGGCUGCAUCCUCGACCAGCCAGACCCUGCUCGGCUGGUGAUCUUCCUCCCCGUAGAGACACCCAUAAAAGCUACCACAAAGCCAGCGCCUUCGUUGCUCGUGAUCGAUAUACUAACCCAACGCUUCGCAAAAGUCGACCAACACAUCCGCAUCGACCCUACCCGCUGCGACUGCCAGCAAGAAGACAUGUUCCACCACCACCACCACCACAACAACACACCAUUCCCGCCCCCACCCCAGCCGAGGCAUCCCAGCCUCGAGCCCGAACCAGAGCCCGGAACACGCCUAGACAGCCUUCCACAGCAGCAGCACCAGCAGCAUCAGCGCUGCAAAAAGGUGGUGCUGCAGGCGUGGGGGGGGGCGUCGGGCGUCACGGCGCAGAGGACGGUCGGGGCGUGGAAUCUGGCGGCGGCGGGGCGGUAUCAGGGUCUGGGACUGGGGCAGGGGCGGGGAGGGAAAGGGAAGGGGGAGGGGGAGGGGGAGGGAGGGGUGGGGGGGAUGGUGCGGGUGGCGAGGGUGAAGAAGGUGGUGCUGGGGUUUGGGGGGGGUUGA